GAGGCAUUGGUGCAACAGAAAAAAGAAAGAAAAAAGAAAAAAAUCAUCGACAGUUUCUACCUCGGGUCCUUUUUAAACAACGCUACUGUGGAAUACCAGCAAAUGUAUAUCUACGAUACAAAGAGAUAGUUUCUUGCUAUGGGUGUUUACUGCUAACGUUCGGACUCCAUCUCGUCAUAACCGUCUGCCGACCGUCUGCCAUUACUGGUGCAGAGACACUUGUAUGUUGAUCCCUUCUGCAGCGGGCCCUCCCAGAAUCCCUCUGUAGCUCCUGUUGCGAUUGAGACUCCCUGAGGGAAGAUGGGCGAUGCGUACCGGGAGAGGACUUCGCUCACCAAGGGGGCGAAGGACCUCGCCAAGGAGGCCAAGCGGCACGCGGCGAAGAAAGUCAGCAAGGUGGUGGACCGGGCCUCGGACGAGUACAGCCAGCGCUCCUACAGCCGCUUCCAGGACGAGGAGGACGAGGACGGGGACAACUACUGCUACAGGCAGGACGGCACCUCCGCGGGAGGAGCCAACGAUGAGGAGGAGGGCUCCAGCGACGCCACGGAGGGCCACGACGACGAGGACGAGAUCUACGAGGGGGAGUACCAGGGCAUCCCAGCCGGCGGGCCGCCCAAGGACGGCCAGGUGGCCGUGGGCAAGCCGGUGUCGGACGGGCUGAAGGACCGGCAGGAGCUGGAGCUGGAGAGGCAGGCGGACGAGGAGGAGCUGGCCCAGCAGUACGAGCUCAUCAUCCAGGAGUGCGGACACGGCCGCUUCCAGUGGCAGCUCUUCUUCGUGCUGGGCAUGGCGCUCAUGUCCGACGGCGUGGAGGUCUUCGUGGUGGGUUUCGUGCUGCCCAGCGCUGAGACGGACAUGUGCAUUCCCAACUCCGGGGCCGGCUGGUUAGGCAGCAUCGUGUACCUGGGAAUGAUGGUGGGGGCCUUCUUCUGGGGGGGUCUAUCUGACAAGGUGGGCCGCAAGCAGACCCUCCUCAUCAGCAUGUCUGUCAAUGGAUUCUUUGCCUUCCUCUCCUCCUUCGUGCAGGGCUACAGCGUCUUCCUUUUCUGCCGCAUGAUCUCAGGGUUUGGGAUCGGAGGAGCCGUGCCCAUCGUGUUCUCCUUCUUCUCUGAGGUGUUGGCGCGGGAGAAGCGGGGCGAACACCUGAGCUGGCUGUGCAUGUUCUGGAUGAUAGGGGGCAUCUACGCCUCUGCAAUGGCUUGGGCCAUCAUCCCCCACUACGGCUGGAGCUUCAGCAUGGGCUCUGCCUACCAGUUCCACAGCUGGAGGGUGUUCGUGGUGGUGUGCGCCCUGCCCUGCGUCUGCGCUGUCGUGGCCCUCACCUUCAUGCCCGAAAGCCCCAGGUUCUUCCUCGAGGUGGGGAAGCACGAUGAGGCCUGGAUGGUGCUCAAGCGAAUUCAUGACACCAACAUGCGGGCACGCGGGGAGCCUGAGAAAGUCUUCACUGUGAAUAGGAUUAAAAUCCCGAAGCAGAUUGAUGAGCUGGUGGAGAUGCAGUCAGAGUCUGCUAACCCGGCCUCCAAGGUCUUAUUCAGGGUGAAGACUGAACUCCAUGGGAUCUGGUUAACAUUCAUGAGAUGUUUCAACUAUCCAGUUAAAGAUAACACCAUCAAGCUUGCUAUUGUAUGGUUUACAUUAUCUUUUGGGUUCUACGGUCUUUCAGUUUGGUUCCCUGACGUCAUCAAGCACCUGCAGGCUGACGAGUAUGCCUCCAGGGUUAAGUUGCACAGCAACGAGCGCAUCGAGGACUUCACUUUCAACUUCACCCUGGAGAACCAGAUCCACACCAACGGAGUGUUCAUCAAUGACAGAUUCAUCCACAUGAAGUUCAAGUCAGUUACCUUCAUCAACUCCACCUUCCUGGACUGCAAUUUUGAUGAUGUCACAUCAGUGGGCUCCUUUUUCAGGAACUGCACAUUCAUCGAGGCCUUUUUCUUCAACACUGAUAUCGAUGACUCCAAACUGAUAGACACGCAGGUGAUAAACAGUACCUUCCACCACAACAAGACGGGCUGUCAGAUGACAUUCGAUGAUGACUACAGUGCCUAUUGGGUGUACUUUGUCAACUUCCUGGGGACACUGGCUGUCUUGCCAGGGAAUAUAGUUUCCGCAUUGCUCAUGGAUAAAAUAGGGCGUCUAACAAUGUUGGGUGGCUCCAUGGUGUUGUCGGGGAUAAGCUGCUUCUUCCUGUGGUUUGGGACCAGUGAGGCCAUGAUGAUAGGCAUGCUCUGUCUGUACAACGGGCUGAGCAUCUCUGCCUGGAACUCCCUGGACGUGGUCACUGUGGAGCUCUACCCCACAGACAGGAGGGGGACAGGCUUUGGAUUCUGUAACUCAAUGUGUAAGCUGGCCGCGGUGCUGGGGAAUCUGAUUUUCGGCUCUCUGGUGGGCAUCACGAAAGCCGUGCCCAUCCUGCUAGCCUCCACGGUCCUGGUGUGCGGGGGGCUGGUGGGCCUUCGGCUACCAGACACCAGAUCCAACGUCCUGAUGUAACCCUCCCUGGGGCUCAGGGUGCAGAAGGCUCAGACCAUUCUCAUGUGUGCCAAUUCUACUUCACCAUACGGACCGCAAAGCCAUUCAGUCUAGCUAUAAGUGAAUCAGGCCAAGACAAAGCGACAGUGGAAUUUUGAGUCAUAAUUACUGCAAUGGUCCAGUAGUGUGUCAGAUAUCAGUCACUGGUGGUAAAAUGACUGAAUCCAAUUCAUAUAAUAAUCUUCUCCCAUCAGAGAUGGCCAGCUGUUAAAAAUGCAUGCUAAUAAGGCAGCUUGCUUCUGUAGCGAGCAGAACGAGACAUCUCGUGGUUCGAUCUGACUGCAGUAUGUUUGGUAUCAGAUCAAAUUGAAAGCAUUGUGUUAUUGCGAUUAGACAGAAUGAUAAUAAUUCCCAUGACUGUUCUCGACCAUUUGUUUGGAAAGCAAACGUUAUUUGCUGCAUAGUGCUGUUACAUUUACACUACUAUUUAAUGUAGUUUGUUUAAAAGCGUGGAUUUCUGAGCCUUCUGCACCCAUCCCAGAUCUGAGAAUAUAAAGGCCAUAGAAAAAUAUGAAUAGUAAUAAUUGUUGUUGUGCAAGUGACUUUAUUGGCAAUCAUAUUUCUUUAAAAAAGCUAUGAGUUUACAUUUUCUGCUUUUCAACCAAAAUAAAUCAGAAACACAUGUUAAAAGUAGUAUAUUAUAGUUCUUUUAGGCAAAUGUAAUAUAUCCGAGCUCAACAUUAAGUGCUUUUGAUUUGAGUUAUGUUACUUUUGAUUUGGUAUUUCUGUGUGAGGAUUUUGCACCAUACAAUUGCCUUUCAGAUUUGCUUGUGACACUAUCUGCCAUACUGCUUUUCAAGUGUGCAUCCUUUAAAAAUAAUACUCAACGGCCUUUUUGAAUGUUGUGCCUCUCCUGAUCUUCUGUCCAGCAUAUUGUUAUUGGAAGUGACGCUCCAUCUUAGUCUGUCUUGGUUGUCCUGUCCUGUUUUCCCAUCAUUCGUUCUCAGCCUAUGCUUCAUUAUUAUUGGCGAAGUGUGCAUGUGUGUACAGUCAGCUUGGUUUGGGACCUGAAGUGAGUGAAAGCUGACAGACGGUGUGCCGUUUUAAAUGUAGCAGGUCAGAUGAAGACAUCAUGCCACGUGCGUAACACCGUAAGUUGGUUAAAUGACAGCUCUUGGUUUAAGCAAUACCAAAAAAGACUGUUUAUUAGUGCUUUACGCAGUUGCAUUUGAGGAAAUAUUGAUAGCCUACAUAUAGAAGUUAGCUAAACAUCAGUAGCUACAUCUAGUUCGUUCAUUUUGAAACCGGAACUUUAAUUUUGAAGCAGAACAUUUUUGUACAGCAAAUAUUUAUUUAAUGACAAUGUAUUCUGUACAUUACAAAUUGUUUAAUGCACUGCACCCAUGCCUUCUCUGCUCAUUAACUCAAGAGAGUGCAUUUUAAUCUCAAAAUGGUGAGCGAAUAUCACAAUUCAUUUGAACUCUCUCAGUCAGCUGGGUAUGUGUGCUGUUGCCUUGUAAUUCAAAUUCUUCAGUGUUCCCAUUUGUAGUUUUUACCUCUGUCUCAGUAUUGCCUUUAUGUAGCUGAUUUCUACAUGAUGUUCAUUGCACCUCUGUCCACCAGGAUGUUUGUAGUUUCUUGUUUAAUGUUACUGUAAGCCCUCUGUUGUGAAUAGGCCUGCUAUCUGUUUUUUUAGUUUGUCAGCACUUUUGUAAAGACACACAGCAAGCGGUAAACAUAUGUAUAAAUGUUAAUAUUUUGGACAUUAAAACCAUAUAGUUUGCUGUUUUUUAGUUGUUUGAUGAUAUAUGUAAAUCUUCCACAAACCUAUGUUGUUCAAAAGUAAGUUGAUAGUCAGAGCUCUUGAUUUGCCAAUGAAAAAAGCCAUUUAUUUUGGGCCUGAUUAAAGUCAACCCUGAAUACUGCUAUCUCCUCAGUGAUAUGGGGCUGAUUAAAUACAUAUCAUUUAGUGAACUACAAAGAUUAUAGCAGUACUUUUGUUUUAGUGUUUUGGGUUGUGUACCCAUAUAUGGCCGGUCAACUGAACUGUGGCAGUAUAACUUGCCUUUCUCAUUGUACUGGGGAAAGAAUGUCAAUUUACAUUUGUGUGUAUGUGUGCGUGUGUGUGUUUGCACAUGUGUGUAAAUACUGUAUAUAUUAUUAGAUGUUGAUUUUCAUUUAGUUCAUGUACCCUUAGAUUUACUGCUGUGUUUUUUGGCUGACUGGUGGGCUUGUGACAGCUUACACAGCUCUAGUGUCGACCGUGUUCCCUCCAUAAUCACUACUCUCUGUGUCAAAGAAAAACGCAAGAAGACAUCCUCUGCUAUUUAUGUGGGAUUAAAAGCAAACUUGCAUGUAUGUACUGAAGUCUUUGGGUUUGUGUUCAACUUUGUGUUCUCCAGUUCUUCUGGCAGAAGAAUGGAAAAGAAACAUUGAUUUUGGAAAGAAAAAACGUGAAUGUAUCAUUCUUGUAAGCUCCUUAGUGUGAGGUGUGUUGGUGAGGUUUGUUUUCCGGACUUGAGUUUCCAGUCAUUGUGCAAGGGCAUGCCAAUUGUCAGAAUGCUGUGUGGGCAACACAGUCCUGUACUUUAUGUGAAGGUGUGCAAAAAGAGUAUAGCUGCUGAAUAACUGUCCGUGACAUUUUCAAGAGAGAAAGUGAUAGGUGUGCUAUAAAAUGUAUAGAUGUGGAUGCUGUGGAGCUCCACAUGUAUUGAAUAAAGUUAUGUUCUCUAUACAUAA